UUUUGCAGGGUGAUUGUGACCUAUUACAUUAUAUUUACUGUACAAGUACAUAAAUUGGCUAACAAUAAUGGCAGGCGAUGAUGUAGCUUCUGAAGACAAUGCUUGCUGUGUGGAUAAUGCUGAAGAUGGCAGUUUAACAAUGGUUGACAUACUUGAGGAGCAAGAAGCACUACUAGAAGAUGCAGAAGCUGUGCUUGGGGCAGCUGAUGAUGAACAUUGUACCUAUGCUCAAGGUUACAUGAAGCGCCAGGCUGUGUAUGCAUGUUUGACAUGUAGCCCUGUGGGUGGAGCUGGAGGACGUGCUGGCAUGUGCCUCGCCUGCUCCCUACACUGCCAUGACACUCACAAUAUUGUUGAGCUCUACACCAAGAGGGACUUCCGCUGUGACUGUGGCAACUCAAAAUUCAUCAUGACCCCUUGCAAACUCAUCCCUGACAAGAUGACCACAAAUGUGAAGAACUCCUAUAACCAAAAUUUUGAUGGUGUUUACUGCACUUGUCAUAGGCCAUAUCCAGACCCUGAGCAGCCUGAUGAAGAUGAGAUGAUUCAGUGCUGUGUGUGUGAAGACUGGUACCACACUCGGCACCUAGAGAGGGAGAAUGUGCCGGCCGGUCAGGACUAUGCCGAGAUGAUCUGUCACUUGUGCAUAGCAGCAUUUCCCAUCCUCAGCAACUAUGCAGCGCUUGAUGUGAGCCACAACGAGUCAAAGGAGGCAAAUGCAGUGGACCAAGAAAAAGCCGAGGAGUUGCCUGCAGUCUCUGCAACAGAACCAGAGUUGGCUGGGAAGUCAGCGGCGGUCACCACAACAGAUUCAGAGACAGCUGGAAUCAUUGAAACAAACUCUGAAUCAGCUGGAGUUCAUGAGACUAUAUCUAAGUCAGCUGGGAAGUCAGAGGAAAAGCUAAAAGGACCUUGCACGGCGACAGUAUAUGCAGCGCCCACAAACGCUACAAAGACACUCUUCCUACCAGAAAAUUGGAGAAGCAAGCUAUGCUGCUGCUCACAAUGUACGGAGCAGUACCAGCGCCUGCAGCUGCUUUUCCUGACGUGCCCAGACGACACGACGGCGCGCUACGAGCAGCAGUCGCGCGACCGCCUGCGCGGCACCGCACGCCAGCGCAGCGUCGAACGCGAGCUCGAAGCCCUGAACGCCGUCGACCGAGUCACCCGUACCGAGAUGGUCGCAGAAUACAACACGCUGAGCACCGAGCUACGUGAGUACCUGCGCAAAUUUGCUAACACCGGAAAAGUGGUUCGUGAUGAAGACAUCCGAGAAUUUUUCUCCACUCUUGAGGCUCGCAAGAAACAGCGCACAACCGACGGCAUCCCGCCCAACACCUGCAAAUAACUCUGAAGUGUUCUCGUAUUCACAACUUCAAUUCUAUCCCUCAUCGGGACAAGUACAUGUGUCGUCGUUACUAAUGUCACCGGGCUUACUAAAUUAAAUAAACAGCAGUGUUUGCGUUGAAAAUUAGGCUGUUGUGACUCAUCCCAAUUCUGAACACUGCAGAAUUUUCAGGGUUUAUGUGGAUCUCGAACUCGUAAUUCAUAGCUACUGUGCUUAACCGCCCGACUACCUCGCCUACUUCGAACAUAAUUUUUCACAAUUGCCUGCUGGUUUCGACCCUACAGCGCACUGCUCCAAUUUUGGUGCUCCGAACUUUAUCCACUUUGCCACCCUUCUUCUUCGUCUUUUUUAUAAGUUUGCACUGUUUUCAUGAUGUCAAGUUCGGGUGAAAUUGGUUAUUCUACAAUUUUCAUUAACACUUAACGCUUUUGUUUAUCGGUAUGUCACCGAAACAAUUCAAUUGUUCAACCUACGAGGUAUUCUAUGAUUUACUGUUCAACAGGACCUAAGUUUUGAUUUAAUUUCUUUCAACCAGGAUGACGCCAAAAGCGUUCGCCUACAGGUCUCUUAUCGUGAUUAAAGUGCUCUUUUUACUUGAUCAUAAUUACUUAGCCGUCGCCGUUGAGAAUGUAAUUUCGAAGUUUAGCUUUGCGGACCUGUGUAACAGUAACUAAUCUAUCAGUAGUUAGCCGAUAUUCUUUUUGUCCUAGUUAUCUGUAAGCAACUACCUAUUACUUUGCCAUGGCUGUGUUAUAGUGGUCGUAUCCAAUAAUUUUUUUUGCAAAUGGACGAUGAAAUUUUGAUGUAAUUCAAUAUUUUUUUUAAAGAACAAUGUAAUAUCCGUUGAUAGUUCAUACAACUAUCCACUGAUAUCUCCUUAUAAAUCGUCAUCGAAACGUGUUUCAUUCGCAUUGAAUAAUUGUAUGUUGUUUAGUGACUGAGGCAAGUAACUUCCAUAAUACGUGUUCACGUAUUGGAUCCCUACAAUGAGGUAGAGGCGGUUAAAGCCAAGUCUAAGCGAGUGUCUUUUUUUUUCUUAAUAGCGGUGUCUUCGUUUCUGCGGCUUUUCACCUGCCUCUCCUUGUCACUUCGUCUCGGUGAGAUGCAAAUGCUGUUUUUUCGAGCUAUUAUCAGCAGGCUUGCCCCGUGAGACCUUCUACCCCGUGUGGGUGAUGAAUGAUUGUGGGUGAUGAUUUGCGAAGUUUACGAUAAUUGAAACCUUCCGCCAAAUUGACCAUGUUCAUCUUGACUUUCAGUUGAAGUUAGCUAAAUAGCUGAUGCGCUAGUGAACACGUAGCCACUAAACUUAAUUAACCAAUGCAUAUUAGUCAUUAUGCACUUUUUAAUGGAUAUCGGAGUUUC